GCCAUGGGACAAGUACAGAUAGUGAGUCUAACCAGCAUAAGAGGUAGAAGUUUCUUGUCUAAAUGAAUCAUGACCCCAUUUCUGUUGUUGACUGUAUUAACUGAUCUUAAUGUUUUUACAGUUUGAGUUGUAUUUUGUGAGGAUCUCUCUUAAGUCUUGUUUACAUAAUGAUUUAUGUUUCCUGAGAAACCAUUCCAAAUUCAUUGAAAGCUGCACUUCAAGGUAUCAUCACACAAUCAUAAGCAAUUGAAUUAGAGCAGAGGUAAGUAGGUGGCUGUUACUUAAUUUAGCUAGGCUUUUUUUCACUCCUACUUCAUAUGUGCUGCACUUCACACUCAGAAUUACUGUUUCAGUGCAAAGGAUGUGAAUUUUCAUAGCCUUAACUUUUUUUUUAUAAAUCGUGAAGAAGUAAAAAUGGAUUCUGUUUGGAUUAGCCAUGAUACGAGAAAACUGAAGCUUUAAGAAAAUGCAGGUUACCCUGAAGCAUAUUUUUGUACAUAAUAUUCUUUCCAAUACUGAUAACAACUGAUGUAGAAAAAUAUUCCAACUUUUCAGAACAAAAACAUGAAAAGACAGGCUUGUGGAAAGCCACUGACCUUGAAACUUUUGGAUGUAAAACUAUUCCUUGAAACAGUUUGGUUUGGGUUUUUUUGUUUUUGUUUUUGUUUUUUAACAUGGCUGAUGUGGUAUCUUACUGGCCACACAUGCAUUAUGCUGUGCUUUACAGGAGAAGGGAAAAAAAAAAGAGGAAGGUGAAAAGAGAAGUUGCCAUUUGCUGCUUAACUGAAGUUAGAACAUCUCUGGUUCACAGGGCAGGAGACCUGAUGCAGAAAUAGGGUGUAGUUGGCCAAUCAGCCCUUCUAACCUUGUUUUCCUUCCCACAGCCACCCUGCAAUGUUUGUCUCUGCCCUUUAGAGACAUGAAGGUCUUCUUGCCUGUUGCUUGCUCAUAAACCUACCCUACUAGAUAGGGCUUCUGUUUGCUGCCUUGCCUGAUGUAAUAGGGAAUCUUUCAUGUAACUUAGCUAGGCAGUGCCAGGGGACUCUGAGGGCUUCUAAAUUAUGAACCAGUAUUUUAUGCAAUUGCUAGGGCAAGUAAUGCCUCUUGAGGUGCAAAGCAUGGAGAAAGGGGGAAGGGUUAACUCAGAAAAGAAUCUUUUUAUUCUAUGAAUUGCUGCAGUGGUUCUAGUUGGGAGGAGAGCUUGUAAAAAUACUGAAAAACCCAGGUUAAGAAACUUCCUUAAAUUCUUAGGUUAGGCGCAUAUAGGCGAAACAACUGCCGUGUGUUAGGAUUAGGAAUCUAGAGUGCAGAUGUGCGGGGACAAAGACUGAAGGGCAAGAGCUCAAUGUUGUCAGUCUCCCUGAAUUUUUAAAGAGAAGUUACCAUGUAGCAUAUGCUGACACAUACAUCAUGAAUAACUUAGGGUGUGGACAGUGGAGAGGGCAGCCAGCUGUACCUUCUAAGCCAGCUGCAGCUAACUGAUAAGCUCUUCUAGAAGAGUUGUGCUAGGAGGAAGUAGCAGUAAUCAUAGUUUGUGGUUACAAGAUUAUGGGUCAUUGCCGGGAAGCUGGAAGGAUAAACAGCGGAUCAGCAUCCUUGGUAUUAAGAGAACACAACAAAACAGAAGAAGUCUUGAAAAAUCUCCAAGUUCACAUUGCUACCAAGAUGUUCACUAAACAAUGAGUGACUCUUUCCAGUCAUACAGUGGCUUUCUCAUGUCAGUGUUAAGGUGUCCACUGUUAACUGUCAAAGCAGGAGAUGGCAGAAGGAAGUUUAGUUGUACCCUUCUGUCCUCCAAGUAAACCUUCAUGACUGUGACCAGGUAUGGAGGACUCCAAAGUGAAUAUUGAGGAAAAACUGUUACUUGUCAACUUACUAGGCAUAUUGAACUACUUCAUUAGACUAAAAUUGCCUAAAUUAUUUAUUUAAAUAGUUUUAAGUAUCUUCUUGGUGUGAUUGAAAUGCCUCAGGGCAUAGUUCCAGGCCAUUAAAACUCUAUUUGUCAGUAUGACCAUUGCUGAUAAACUGUAUUCAAAAAAUGCUGAAAGAACAUAAUAGAAUCUUUAUUGACAGACCCUUUCUUACAGGCUGCUGUUGCCUUUGUGCCUGUCUGCAGUCCUAGUGGUGAGAAAGCAGAGCUCUUCCAUGGAACUGUGACACUUGUAGCAGUUGUCAAAGGAUCCAUACUAUAGAUUUAAUGAUGUGAUGUACAGAUGGAUCUCACUGGAUAACUGGACUUACAGCAGGACAUUCAAAACUCCUUUUGACAUCAGAAAGUGGCAGAAAGUGAAUUUGGUUUUUGAGGGAGUAGAUACAGUAGCACAGAUCCUGAUCAACAAUAUCACUCUUGGGAGAACAGACAACAUGUUCAACAGAUAUAGCUUUGAUAUUACCAGCGUGAUCAAGGAGGUCAAUUUUGUUGAAGUCCGUUUCUUAUCAGCUGUUUCGUAUGCAGCAGAGCAGAGCAGAUGUCACAAAGCAUACAGCAUCCCCCCGGCGUGCCCUCCACCUGUGCAGAAAGGAGAGUGCCACGCUAAUUUCAUCAGAAAGGAGCAGUGUUCAUUUAGUUGGGACUGGGGCCCUUCUUUUCCCACUCAAGGAAUCUGGAAAGAUGUUAGGAUUGAGGCCUAUAACCAUUAUCACCUGAUUUACUUUUCUUUGACUCCUUUCUUUGUAAAGAGUGCUCAGCAGUGGAGUCUUGAAAUUGAGUCUAUUUUUGAUGUAGUCAGCUCCAAACCAAUUGCAGGUCUUGUGACUGUGAACAUUCCUAAAUUGCAAACACAGCAAACAUUCAGUGUGAAGCUUCAACCUGGAGAAGGCAGCAUUGUGCUGCUUGUAAACAUCAACAAGAGUUCUGCAGUGGAGGCUUGGUGGCCAAAUGGACAUGGAAAGCAAACUGGAUAUAACAUGACAACAACUUUCAUCAUGGAGGCAGGAUACCAGAUUGAGAAAUUUUCAAAGGCCUAUUUUCGGACAGUAGAACUUGUUCAGGAACCUAUUCCUGGCUCACCAGGUCUGAGUUUCUACUUCAAAAUCAAUGGCCGACCCAUUUUCAUUAAGGGCUCAAACUGGAUUCCAGCAGAUUCUUUCCAGGACAGAGUGACCUAUGACACAUUAUGGCUACUCUUGAAGUCUGCAGCAGAUGCUAACAUGAAUGCUCUUCGGGUUUGGGGAGGAGGAGUAUAUGAACAAGAUGAAUUUUACAAUAUUUGCGAUGAAAUAGGAAUAAUGAUUUGGCAGGACUUUAUGUUUGCAUGUGCGCUAUAUCCAACUGACCAGAAUUAUUUAGAAUCCGUUAGAGCAGAAGUUUCUCAUCAGGUAAGGCGUUUAAAAUCCCAUCCAUCAAUUAUUCUAUGGAGCGGUAACAAUGAAAACGAAGCAGCAAUUGCAAGCAACUGGUUCUCCAUACCUUAUGCUGACAGAGAAGUCUAUAUCAAAGACUACGUGUUGCUUUAUGUGAAGAAUAUCCGAGAAAUAGUUCUUACUGAAGAUAAGAGUCGUCCUUUUAUUGCAUCCAGUCCCACCAAUGGCUUGGAGUCAGUUAAAGAAGGUUGGCUCUCCCAGAAUCCUUAUGAUACCCAUUAUGGUGACACUCACUUUUAUGACUACAGCAAUGACUGCUGGAACUGGACAGUGUAUCCUAAAACUCGUUUUGCUUCAGAAUAUGGAUUUCAAUCCUGGCCUUCCUUCAGUACAAUCGAAAAGGUUUCCUCCACUGAGGACUGGUCCUACACAAGCAAUUUUUCUCUCCAUCGACAACACCAUGAAAAUGGCAAUGAUCAGAUGCUUCAACAGAUUGGUCAUCAUUUCAAGCUUCCCCAGAGCACAGAUCCCAUAAAGAAGUUCAAAGAUACGAUUUACCUCACUCAGGUGAUGCAGGCUCAGUGUAUAAAGACAGAAACUGAAUUCUAUCGUUUUAGUCAAAGUGAAAUAAUCAAGGGAGAGGGACACACAAUGGGAGCUCUGUACUGGCAACUCAAUGACAUUUGGCAAGCACCUUCGUGGGCUUCCUUGGAAUAUGGUGGCAAGUGGAAACUGCUCCAUUAUUUUGCCCAGAACUUCUUUGCACCACUGCUGCCUGUGGCCUAUGAAGACAAAGGUGUGUUGUACGUUUAUGGUGUCUCAGAUCUUCACGCGGACCGCAAGCUGACUUUGAGGGUCAUUGUACACGCCUGGAGUUCUUUGGAGCCAGUAUGCACCCUUGCCAAAGACGGUGUGACUGUUAAAGCACAAAGUGCUGUCCUCAUCUACAAGGAGUCCAUAAAUAACUUGCUGGAAAGAUGCAGAAACUGUACCAGGAAAAGCUGUGUUAUUACUUUUUGUCUUGUGGGAGAAGGUGGGCUCCAGAGUCCUACAAACCAUCACUUCCUUUCAUCUCUAAAGGAUGCUGUAGGAUUAGAAAAGACCCAUCUUAGUGCCUCUGUAUCCCAACGAGAUGACGUUUAUAUAUUUGUUCUUCAGACCACUGCAAUUGCUCCUUUCGUUUCUCUGGAUGUAGGGCGUAUAAAAGGCAGAUUUAGUGAUAACGGUUUCCUCAUGACCGAAAAGAAGAAAGUGGUUGUGUUUUAUCCUUGGGAACCUACCAGUGUUGAAGAACUGGAAGAGUCACUAACCUUGACCUCUCUGGUGGACGUUGUCUGAGGAUACUCCAUUUUCUUCUAGAUAAGGAGUGAAACAGGAGGAGGAAAAAAACUAGAAGAACUUGACUAAAGUUGAAGUGAUGUACAAUUUUUGCUGACUGGAGAACAUACUGUCUAUUCCUGUCUUGUGUGAAUUUUAACUGCUGGUUGAAUGUAAAGAUACCAAAAGAAAAGCUUGCAUAUAGUAUAUGUGGUGUAUUGAAAGUAAGGCUUUCUCAGGUAAUGGGAAAUAUAUAUCCCACGUAUAAAAUGGGAGGGGUGAGUCGGUGCAAGAGAGCUAGUCUGAGUUCUCCAAUUCACAUGAGAUUGGAGUUGUGAAUUCAUCCGAACUAAGAGGCAACAUAAAUAUGCACCUCCAGACUAUGGUUGUAAAAAUGCAUAUUCUUCCAGUUUCACUAUGCUGUAAGUGGAAAUUCAUGUUAGGAUAACAGCAAGGUAUGCUGGGAGCAAGGGGAAAGGGCAGGAAGUGAAGCUGGGACCUCCUCCACAGGUAUGCCCCCACUUGGAGUGGUUUGAUCUUAUCUGCACCCAAAUCAGAAGAGCACUACCCUUUCAGAUUUAUGGCUGUCACUCCAUCAGGUGUCCUGCCUGCCUCCUGCAAGGUAGGCUUCCAAACAGACAUGAAACCUGGGCUGUCUAGUCAGAGAUCAGGCAGGUCUGUUCCCCCUUCUGAAAGGGGAAUUGAGUACGAGACUUGUUUUCUUCUCUCUUUUCAUGCAACAUGAGCAAUAACCUUGAGAGCUCUGCAUCUAGCUUUGACUAUUCUGAGGGUGGUGCAGUCACAAACCUUUUGCUGCUGUGUGGGAUCCUGCAUAAUGUGGCAUAGUACGAGAUAUGGCUGGCUGUGGGAAAAGGAACAGGGAGAAGAGUUGACCAAAGGUGCAAAGAGAAAGGAGGUGGUACAGAGAAGAAAUGGUCAUGUGAGAGGACCGCAGAGUUACAAGUGACUGUUUUUUUCUCUAGUAAAUGCAUAGGGUGGGGGCUGCUGUUCUCACUCAGACAUUGCUGCACACCCAUUGUUACCCCCUGGCAUUCCUCAUGAGCGGCCCCAUGCUCCACACUGAUCCUUCUCUCUUUUUAGCAAAGGAAAACCUCAACAUCUUAAUUUUGCUUCUUUGUGCAUGGGUUCCCUGUAGAAGACAUUGUUGACUCCUGAUUAGAUCUGGUGGCACAUUGAACUCCUUAGUCCGUAAAAAGCAUUGGUGUUUUGCCUUCUAUUCUGUUUCUGAGUAAGUUGUUUUUAAAAUGUUGAGGUUUCCCAUAGAAAAGUCAUCUCGCUUUGGCAUUUGAUACAAAGAAAAUAAGUUUGCUUCAGCAUGGGGGGGCUGCUGUAGCCUGUGGAGCUGAAAGCCUUAGGGUUUGGCUGCCAGGAAUCCAGGCCACGGAGCCAUGCCACGGGCAGGUUGCUAAACAUUGGGCUUGUCUGUCAGAUGUGGUUUGAAAGCAGCUGGGAUCUUGCUGGGGUUCCACAGUGAUCUUCUCACAGUUCAAGCAAUUACUAAUUUUCUUGCAAAGCACCUAGCAGAAUCAGCACUUUACAAUAGAAGGUGUUUGAACGAGCUCUACUGGUGAUGUCUGUCUUUGUCGUAAAAGCACCACAUGUGUGAUGCUUGCUGGUGGUCCUGGGGGUCUGGAGCAUGUGUGGGGAGUGGCUGCAUGUUCCAUGGGUCAGUUAGAGAACUUGGAACUGGGGGUUGUUUUCUUUCAGUGAUCACAGUUUUAAUGGGCAAAGAGAUGAGCACAUUGACAUGCUUGGUGAUCUCUGGUGCUUUUUUAAUUGGGCAUUAACCAAAACUGACAUAAUCCUGAGCAAGAGGAGAAACUUAAAGAUGAAAUGAAAACGAUAAAUGGAAGUUGCUUACAAAUGCUAUAUUAGGUCACCAAAACAACUAACUGCAGUUGCGUAGGAGGGCUUUUCUGAUUCAAAACUUGUCCUAGUUGAAAGAAAACAUGAAAGCAAUCAAAAUAUGUAUGUGUAUGUGCCAAUGUUUAUAGGUUAUGGAAAAUAAAUAGGGUACAUUAUAGUCAUGAAUAAAACUUAACAGUUAGAAAAUGCAGAUAUUGAUAAAGGAAUUCAAAAGUUAUCUGAGAGGCAUCCUGGGCCAACAAUACAAGAAAAAUCCUUCAGUUUUUUUAGUGUCCUGGAAUCAAAGUGGAAUCAAAGCAGCAGUAGAGUCAAUCUAAGGGAAGGAUGAAAAAAUGUGAAGAAAAUAUGAAAUAAAUAUGAUUAAUAAAUAUUGCUGCAGUGUAUUAGGAAAAGUGCAGGUCUCUUACAUUGAUACAGAAAUGUCUCUUCCAGCAACAUCUAGAUAAAAUUUCAAAAUGGCACUUAAUAGUGUUAAAUAAAUAAAUAAAACUUUGACAGAAUUACUUGUUUCAAAGACAAUCAAGAGGACUAUCUGAAGGUCGAUGAUAUUUAUUCUUAGUGCAUCUCAGAAUAUGAGUGAAGUUUCAGAGACGUAGAAAAGAGCUUUUGGAUUGCUAGAAGCCAUAAACCAUGAAUUUGGAUAACUGUAACCUUGUUUACCCUGGUAUGAAUUUUAGGCAAAAUCAUGAAUAAAAUGAUGUGGUACAUGAUCAAUAAUUGAUGAAGUGGCUAUGCAACUAAUGCCUAUCAAUCAGCACUGUUAUGCAGAAGAGCAUUCUUUUAUAAAUUUUGGUUUUUUGCUGUUGCUUUCUGCAGUUACCAAAUUGGCAUAAAAAGGUUCAGACAAUUAUUGUUAUUUUUGAAGGUCAGAAGCUCCCUAAAGAGUGGGUCCAUUCUUUCACACUGGAAAGCUUUAAUUCAGCACUAGGUGCUGUUAUGAAAAAUUAGCAAUUGCUUAAGCCAAAUGCUUGAGCUCAAAACAGAAUUUAAUGGGGGAGGUUCACUUCCAUUAUUGUCUUAAUUUCCUUAAUAUGUUCUUUUGGUUUCCUGGUGUUGUAGUAGGUAUGUAUUUAUAGAUGCUAUUUUCUUCUGUCCCCCAUGCAGCAGCGGCUGUAACAUGUACCUUGGUUAACCAUUUCCCCUUGGUACUUUUGCUGUUGCAUACUAUGCUAUACUUGGUUACGUUGUUCUGCCUUUGUCUCGGAUCAGGGCAAAGAUAGGAAUGCAACAGUGAAGAGAUCUUCGGAGUUAUCCAUCACUCCUGUCGACACACCUAUCUGUAGCCAUCUGAGUGUUGUUGCAGCUACUUGGCAGCACCUGUAUUGCCAGUUGUAUCUGACAGGCUGGGGAUCAGCAGCAGGAGCAUUAGGAAGAGCAUUUGCUGUAUGAAUCUUUUGAAGCCAGCAAAUAUUCAGACCAUGCCUUUGGCAGUUACUCCAGAACUGCUCUACUGUAAGAGACGAUUGUGUGCUCCAGAAGGGCCGAAAGCUGUGGAUGGUGGGGAGAAAAAAAAGAAAGACCAAAGCCUCUGGUGUUAAACAGACUGAAACCGAGAUGCUGCAAGGAAAGAAGCUGCCAGACUGCCAUUUAAAGCACUUGAAUACACAGGGCCUAGGGGAGAUGGCCUGCUGUUCAUUGCAUGAUCACUAACCUGAUGAAUAGCUAUUAUGCAGCAUUCGGUCAUGAAAUGCUUAAGGAAAUAGAGACCCAGGUGUCUUCUGGUGGUUUAAAAGAAGAGCUGGUCAGAAAUAAGGCUAAAAGGUGUGAAUCAGCAGCCAGGACACCCUGGUGACCUGCAGGAUUGUAGAAACCUCAUAAAAGUUUCUGCCAGCCCCAGCUGGAAAUUCUGUGGCAGCAGAAGGUGCAUUUAACUCGCACAGCAGCUCUGCUAGGGCUCAAAAAGCUCCUCCACCCACAGAAUGAGAACCUUUGCUUGUUUCUGUUACAGCUGGAAUGCAAAGAGAACACUGGACAGGAGUGACACCCAGGUUACUGAAGACUGAGCUGAGCCAAGAACACCACUGUCAAUCUCCACCUUUGUGCCAAGAAAACUGGAUACAAGGGAAUGACAAUGGUUUAUUUCUGAGCCAAAUAAAUACUUGAACAAUUUUCAUCUAGUAAGUGAGCCUGAAAUACAAAGAAGUCAGCAGCAGCUAUCUUCUAUGCAAGAUCCACAAAAGGAGAGCCUGACUGCAAGAGAACAGUAUCUGAGUUGAAGGCCUAGCAAAUGUCUAUGAUGAGAAAAGUCGUGCUGCAGUAAAAUAUUUCUGAAAGAGGUAUGCAGCUCAGGCAUUGCGUGUAAGAAACUAUGCAACCUAUCAGCAGUCCAAGGCCAGGGGCGGGGCAGGUACUGAAAAAAAACAUCUGAAGUAAAGCUCUUGAGGUUUCGCUGUCAAUUUUACCUGUCUCUCCAUUUGUAAAGGUGGGUGGUGAUGAUGACGGAAGAGCUUUUGCGGUAUUGUCCUCCAGGUGAGGUGGGCUUUGUGAGAUGGCUAGUGCUUUCUGUAUGAUUUCAAUGGCUUCUGUGUGAUCCAUCUGUCUCAAAGCAGCAAUCAACUCUUGAACUGUACCACCAGAAACCUAAGAGAGAAGACACCAGAUACUCACCAUCAUCCAGGCUGGCUAAAACGGACGGGCUGCACUGUCUCACCAUGCAGGAGGACAACGUUCUCUCUGUUUGAGUGUUCUUUGUAACUUGUUACAGCCACAUUACCUCAUAGUUAUCUAGCAGAGUUUUCGAUGGGGAAGGGCUCAGCCUGAAGGCAUUAUUAAGUAUGCCAAGACCCAGUUUUUGUGCUAGAGUGGACCAGUUUUUCUUUGGAUCGGGCAAUUCCAAUAGUUUGUAAAGCUGCAUCUUGGAACUUUCAUUCAGCUCUCUCAAAUGUCCUGGGAACAGAGAAAUAUGUUAGUUUAUUAUUUAUACAAAUCACGCACCAGUUUGUUUCUAAGCAGAAACAAAGCCAAAUUAAAGAGUAUUUUAGUGUCCAUCAAUCCCAGUGUUUACUAAUGUAUUGCUGUAACAUUGAAAAUAUACUCCUUUGUGUCCUUGUGACCUACCCUUAAUAGAAUCAUGCUCAUUCUAUGAAUGAGUAGGUGGGAGGUUACCUCUUCUGCCUCCCCAUUUCAGUUACAAGCUAUUGCAGGGCAACGUCUUCUGCAAGUACACGUUUAGUACUCAAUCACUAGAGGGAUAUCGUCAAGUCGUCUUUAUAGAUGUUACCUUGUGUCAGUAAGUCCUCUGAAACCGCUGCUGACUCGUACGGUUUGCCGUUUAAUAUGUCAUACACCUAAGAGAAUACAUUGAAGUCAGUAUUUAUUUAGCAGAAACCUGGUUAGUGUCCAUUAUCUUGACAAUUCUCAGUAGUAUUGUGUAAAGCCCUAAUGCCAUCUGUAAAUUUCUUCUGUCCCAGGAUCAGUAUGACAAAAGAUACUGUAGAAGACCUGUGCAAAGCUUGAGGGAGAAAUCUUGAGAAGCUGAUCUCCCUUGCCCUUUAGCUAUGUCAUCUGGCAACUAUUUUCAAGAUACAGAGGAAGUCUUUGCACCUUCUAACCUGAAUCGUCACUGUGAAAGAAAACUCUGCAGUAAAUAUCUAUUUUCAUACCUGCUGCUUUGAGAACUGCUGCCAAUUUUGUAGAGCCCCUUCCAGCUGCUAUGUGAAGAGGAGUUGUCCCAUCAUAUGUAGUGCUGUCCACAUCUGCAUCACCCUAAGUUUUUAUUGAAUGACAAAAAGAAAAGUGCUACUCGUCUAUACAAUACAGCUGCAGAAACUCAUGUCUGCAUAAACAUCGCUACUGUGCAAAUAAGCACCAUUCCACGCCUGUUUGGGUAAAAACUCUAACCAUUGUCUGAAAAGAAGGAAUGAGAAAGUAACUACAACCGUCUGCACGCACGAACAGAUGGUGGUUGUGUGCUCCAGUAUUACAGCAGGAGGCACAGCAUAUGAACCCAAAUAGGUCAGGUAGAUAAAAGCCACUUUGCAUCCCAUGUAGUAGCUCUGCCAUCCGAUUACCCGCAGCAUUUGGCGCCUGAACUGCUGUGCACAGAAAUCUGCUUUCCUGCUGCUCUUCAGGAGAGCAGGUAGGCUGGUGGCACAUUCGUACACAGGUACCGAGGAAAGCUACUGCAGCCAGCUCUGGGUAUGCAGAAUUAAGCACGCUAGGAUCAAGGUGUUAAAAAGAUGAGACAAAUAUUUAUACACAACCAUCUCUCCAUGCACAUCUGUAUACACAUUCCACUUCACACAGAUGAAAUGAUUGACUUGUUCAAGAGUAGUUUCACUGGCUGCCGGGAUUACUUGGUGCAAAUUAAACACGGCAUAUGUGGUCAGGCCAGGGUCACAAACUAUUUAAUUCCUCAACUUGGGCAAUAGAUGCGCCAGCACUGCUAAACAAGUAAUAAUGAGUAACAUUAGCAAUAAUUUUGCCAUUUUACCAAUUUAAGCAAACGAGUCAAUAGACAGGAAAAAACCCUUACUUCUGUUCCUCUGAAGCACUUAAGGAUUUCCAAGAGGUUUUAAAUAUGUAAGUGAAAAGACCUGAGAGAAAGAAAUUCUGCCCUUACCUCAAGCAAAAGGCAGCCCGCCAAAGGGAUGUUCUCUUGUUCAACAGCUAAAUGCAAUGCAGUUCGUCCAGAUUUUUGUUCCUGAGCAUUGACGUUAACUCCAGCAGCAAUCAGCUGUUUGAGGCAGGACAUGCUAUUUGCCAUCACCACCAUGUGAAUUGCACUGAGACCUACACAAAACAAAAGCCAUCCAUCACUUGCAUUAAUAUUUGAAAAAUACAGAAAUUUCAGCGUAAUGAGUUUUGAAGUGGCCGCAUCUAUGAGAAUUGUAAAAUGAGUGAGAGUUACUGUAGUUAUCUGAGCAGAAGUGACUUAUUUUGCCUGCUUAUACACUAAAAGAUAGUUAAUAAAAAUGUUCUUUGUGCAUAAAUUGGAAUUAGUUGUGUUAUUGAUGGCAAGUCAAAGCCAUGCAU